AUGGCUCCAUCAAAUGUAGAAUUGCUCUUCCAGAAUAGAAAAAGCAUCGACAAAGUGGACUUCAUUUUGGAGGCUGCCACCCAACUCCUUCACUUCUAUGAACAAUAUUUUGGGAUCAACUACCCGCUCAACAAACUUGAUCUCUCGGUCGUUCACGCGACAAACGAUGUAGCGAUUGAAAGCUUGGGCCUCAUUUGGACCAGACCUUCAGAAUUACUUUAUAAAAAGGAUGCCAAUACAGAGGUGGCGAAAAUAAUGGCUGUAAAGAGAAUAGCACACGGCUUGGUUCACCAGUUUGACAAAUCAGCACUGAUUGGAAUGGAAGAAGCCUUGAAAGCUGAUUCGUUGGAACGCACGACUUCUCUCAAAUUGAUCAACCAGAAUAUUGAUCCUUCCAACCUCCAAAAGCUCUACGAUGCAUUUCCAUACGACAAAAGUUUAUCAAUCAUCGGCAUGUUGGAAACGAUUAUGGGACCUUCUUUGUUUGAAAAUGGGCUGAAGAAUUUCCUACAAUAUUAUCAGUUUAAUAAUUUCAUCAGGAAUGCAGUUUGGGAAUUUUUUUCACUACAGAAAAAAGGCAUCUACCCAUCUAAGAUAAAAGAUAUUAUGGACGGCUGGAUCUCACAGGAAGGGUUUCCUCUGGUUACAAUUAGGAAGAAUGGCCGCGACCUAACCACUACUUGGAUAAUUCCGUUCAAACUUGUUACUAACAAAUAUCCCAUUGAUUACAUCACUAUUCGCUUUGGAACCAAAAAUCAUCAUUUGAAACUGAAAGAAGAUUACGAUUUGUUGUAUGUGCACAUGAAAGGACACGUUAGGCUGAAAGUAGCUCUUAAUUUCUUAUCGUACAUGAAAGCGGAAGAACAUGUCAAUCCGUGGCUCGUUGUGCUCCAGAAUUUGAAAAACAUCAUCGUACAAUUUUCAACCAAUUCCGAUUAUCCGAAACUUAAGAGAGAGACGAAUCAAGAAAUAAUCGUGUUCAGGUAUGGAGUAAGAUAUGGAGGGCAGGAGGUCUGGAACCAUGUGAUGAGUAGUGUCGCAUCAACGAACUCUCCUAGCAACAAAAGAAAUAUUAUGUUGACGGCUUUAACGUACACCAAUGAUACCACCAAAGUUUACAAGUAG